CCCAUAGCCUCUAAAUAACACAUACUCGAUCAUAAUUUCAUCACAAAAAAGGCAGCAUAUAUGGCUAAGUUUUUUCACUUGAGUCAUGUUUUGGCUAUUUUGCUUUGCAUUCUUGCAUACUCUCUCUGUGUCUCGAGCUCACCGGCUACUUUUCUUCAAGACUUUAGAGUCACAUGGUCUGAUACCCAUAUAAGGCAAAUCGAUGGGGGCAGGGCCAUUCAACUUGUUCUUGACCAAAAUUCAGGAUGUGGGUUUGUUUCAAAGAGCCAGUAUUUGUUCGGUCGUGUAAGCAUGAGGAUCAAGCUCAUCCCUGGAGACUCUGCUGGGACUGUCACCGCAUUCUAUAUGAAUUCGGACACAGAUAGUGUAAGAGAUGAGCUCGAUUUCGAGUUCUUGGGGAAUCGUAGUGGGCAGCCUUACACUGUUCAGACCAACAUCUAUGCUCAUGGAAAAGGUGAUAAGGAACAGAGAGUUAAUCUCUGGUUUGAUCCUGCUGCAGACUUCCACCUUUAUUCUAUCCUUUGGAACCAUCAUCAUAUAGUGUUCUAUGUGGAUGAAGUGCCAAUCAGGGUUUACAAGAACAAUGAAGCCAAAGGAAUCCCAUAUCCCAAGCUCCAGCCAAUGGGGGUAUACUCCACAUUGUGGGAGGCUGAUGACUGGGCCACAAGAGGCGGCCUUGAGAAGAUUGAUUGGAGCAAAGCCCCCUUCUAUGCUUAUUACAAGGAUUUUGACAUUGAAGGGUGUCCAGUCCCAGGGCCUGCAACCUGUACCGCAAGUCCUACAAACUGGUGGGAGGGCAGUGCCUAUCAAGCUCUAAAUGCUGUUGAAGCUAGGAGAUACAGAUGGGUUCGUAUCAACCACAUGAUCUACGAUUACUGCACCGACAAAUCACGCAACCCAGUAACACCACCGGAGUGCCUGGCUGGAAUCUGAGAAUCAUUCAUUCCGACCAACCAACAAAUGAAUGAAUGGUACACAUUCCUACAUGUCCUUGUAUAAUAAUACAUCUGCGUAUGAAAAGAGCUAGCCCCUGCAAAUAAAUGGGGCAAUAAUGGAAAUAAGUUAUCAUGUAGCUAGACUGUAGAGUGUGCAAAAGUCAUAUCUUAUUGUACUACUGUGCAUACUAUGUAGUAUGUAUGUAUAUGAUGCAAAUCAUAUGUGCCAAUAAACUUUCUCCAUGAUUGUGAAAAGGAUAA